AUUCCCCCUUCUCUUUCUUCUUCUAUUACUAGAAAAACAAUGGCGAUGGUUUUUCACUGUUCCUCCCUCUUAUCUCCUGCAAAGCAGUCUGGGAUUUCUUCAUGGCAACAACUUUUCUCAAAAAAGUUAAAGUUUUUGGGCUGGAAAGGGUAACCCUUAGCCCUAGGGAAUACUGUUGAUGACCAACUUCAUCUCGCAAGAACGGACGGUCCUUUCCAUAUGUUUGGAUAUUAUUCUUUUUGUUGAGUUGGUUAUGCUAAAUGCAUCCAAAUAAGUGAUUGAUGCUGAAUGCAAAAUGCUUUUGCUGUUGAUUUCAUGGCUAAUUCACAUAGCCAGAUGUUGAUAUCUUUUGCAGUCCAUGAAAUAUACUUCCUCCGUCUUUUAUUACUCCCAACGUUUGGACUUUUGCCACUAUUCAUAUAAUCUACUUUGACUAUUCGUAGUGUUUUUUAUAUAAGAUAAAACAUAUUCAUGUGGGAUCUUGUUAGAUUCGUGUCAAUGUGUAUUUUCAAAAUAUCAACUUUUUAUAAUUUUUGCAUAAAGAGAAUUUAAGAUAUAAAUGAUCAAAGUUGUGCAUUGGCAUGCGUAAAACUAACAAACUUUGCGAGUAUUAAAAGACGGAGGAAGUAUAUAAGAACUUUUGCAUGUUUUUUCUUUGGAUUUUUGAAGUGCUAACUGUUGUUUUCUGAACCUGCACAAUUUUUUUUCAUGCUUUCUGUUUUGUGGGUAUAAAUUCUGGAACCCUGAAAGUCCCAAGCCACAAGUUGCUUCUAAAACUUAUCCUAUGUGGGGUUUCUUGCAAGCCUAUGAGAAUCGACAUCAGUUUCCAACUUGAUCAGUAUCUAUUUCCAUGACUUCUUAUUUAUGUUAGAAUCUGCCACCAAGUAAUGAUCACAAAUUCACAAUUCUAAGUGGAGACGUGGAGUUCAUACAUCAGUUGCACGAGAAGGGGAUCCAGCAAUGCUUCCAUACGAUCCAAGGAGUCUCAUAUUGGCAAGUGGAGAGGCUGCACCUGCAUUGUCUAAGAUUUACAGGAUGUUUCCUGGAAAGUCAUCUACAGAAGGGCACCAGAACAAGAUUAACAUGAAGAAUUGCAUUCUUAUGUCUUCAUCACUUUCCGAAGAUGGUUACCAAAGCCUCUUUGUCAAUCAGGAAGCAUGGAUUGCCAAAUUUCCUGGAAUAGCGGUUCUUUUAACAAAUGCCAUGUUUCUGGCUAUGCCUUCAGAAGCUCUUGCAGAAACAAGUGAGGCCGCCAAUUCAUUCUUCAAUAUGCCAGUGCUCCUAUUUGUAGCAAUUAUCGGUGCUACUGUUGGAGGCCUGGUGGCUCGGCAAAGAAAGGGGGAACUCCAAAAACUAAAUGAACAACUGCGUCAGAUUAAUGCAGCUCUUAGAAGACAAGCGAAAAUUGAGUCAUAUGCCCCUAGCUUGAGCUAUGCCCCUAUUAAUAACAGAAUCCCGGAGACUGAAGUAAUAAUUGAUCCAAAGACAGAGGAGCUGAUUUCUCAUCUGAAGGCUGGAAAGACUUAUCUACGAAACCAAGAACCAGAUAAAGCAUACACAGAGUUUAAGGUUGCUCUGGAACUCGCUAAGAAUAUGAACGAUCCUGUCAAGGAAAAGAAAGCUGCCAGAGGCCUAGGAGCCUCGUUGCAAAGACAAGGGAAGUAUCAUGAAGCGAUAAGAUACCAUAAUAUGGUUCUGGGUAUUUCCAAGCGUAUAGGAGAAACUUCAGGAAAUACAGACGCAUAUGGCGCAAUCGCUGACUGCUAUACUGAGCUUGGGGAUCUUGAGAAAGCUGGAAAAUUCUAUGACAAGUAUAUUGCUAGACUAGAAGAUUGACCUACUCUUUGCACCUAUCCUAAUAACUCUAGAUAUGUGCAUUUUUAAUCAGAAUCGUUUUGCAAAUGUCAUGGUAGGCAAAUUAUCGAUUCUUUUUCCAAUCCCAUGAUUUUUUAAAGCUUUA